AUAUUUCCACUCAUUUCCUGGUUCCUCCCCUUCAGAUCUGCACUCUGGAAGAGGCUGGCAGGAACGGUUCACUGCAGGGACACAUGAUUUGUACAUCAGAGCUCAGACUAUUUUCAGGUAUGAGAAAGUGAAACUCUAACCGUCUGUGUGACCGAGAGACGAAAUGGCGCAGCAAAGAAAUCAACCGGAUUCAAAGAAAUUCUCUUGUUCCAUCUGUCUGGAUCUACUGAAGGAUCCGGUCACUACUUCCUGUGGACACAGCUACUGCAUGGACUGCAUUAAAACACACUGGGAUGGAGAGGAUGGUCAGAGAAUCUACAGCUGUCCUCAGUGCAGGAAGACUUUCACACCGAGGCCUGUCCUGGAGAAAAACGUCCUGUUAGCAGAGUUAGUGGAGGAGCUGAAGAAGACUGGACUCCAAGCUGCUGCUGAUGAUCACUGCUAUGCUGGACCUGAAGAUGUGGCCUGUGAUGUCUGCACUGGGAGGAAGAGGAAGGCUGUCAAGUCCUGUGUGGUUUGUUUGGCCUCUUAUUGUGAAAUUCACCUCCAACCUCACCAUGAUUCACCUCCAUUAAAGAAACACCAGCUGGUGGAGCCCUCCAAGAACCUCCAGGAGAACAUCUGCUCUCAUCAUGAUGAGGUGAUGAAGAUUUUCUGUCUCACUGAUCAGCAGUUGAUCUGUUAUCUCUGCACAAUGGAUGAACAUAAAGGACAUGAAACAGUCCCAGCAGCAGCAGAAAGGAAGAAGAAGCAGAAGGAGCUGGAAGUGAGUCGACUGAACAUCCAGCAGAGAAUCCAGGACAGACAGAAUGUGGAGCUGCUUCAACAGGAGCUGGAGGAUAUCAAUGUAUCUGCUCAUAAAACAGUGGAGGACAGUGAGAAGAUGUUCACCCAGAUGAUCCAUCUCAUCCUGAAAAGAGGCCGAGAUGUGGAGCAGAAGAUCAGAUCCCAGCAGGAGACUGAAGUGAGUCGAGUCAAAGAGCUUCAGGAGAAGCUGGAGCAGGAGAUCAGAGAUCUGAAGAGGAAAGACGCUGAGCUGAAGCAGCUCUCAGAUACACCAGAUCACAACCAGUUUCUCCUCAACUACCCCUCAGUGUCAGCACUCAGUGAGUCCACACACUCAUUCAGCAUCAACAUCCGUCCUCUGAGACACUUUGAGGACGUGACAGCAGCUGUGAAAGAGCUCAGAGAUCAACUACAGGACAUUCUGAGGGACACGUGGACAAACAUCUCACUGGCAAUCACUGAAGUGGAUGUUUUACUGUCAGAACCACAACCAAAGACCAGAGAAGAGUUCUUAAAAUAUUCAAGAGAAAUCACUCUGGAUCCAAACACAGCAAACGCAUGGCUGUCAUUAUCUGAAGGGAACAGAAAAGUAACAGUAAUGAGACAAAACAUUUAUCCUGAUCAUCCAGACAGAUUCACUGAUUAUUGGCAGGUCCUGAGUAAAGAGAGUCUGACUGGACGUUGUUACUGGGAGGUGGAGUGGAGAGGAAGAGAAGGAGUUUCUGUAGCGGUCGCAUACAAGAACAUCUGCAGAAAAGGAGACUCAAAGGAAUGUGUGUUUGGAAGAAAUGACAAAUCUUGGGCUUUACGUUGUGACAUCAACAGUUAUUCAUUUUACUACAACAACACUACAACUUCUGUCUCUGGUCCUCAGUCCUCCAGAAUCGGAGUUUAUCUGGAUCACAGAGCAGGUAUUCUGUAUUUUUACAGCGUCUCUAAAACCAUGACUCUCCUCCACAGAGUCCAGACCACAUUCACUGAGCCCAUACAUGCUGGAGUUUGGGUUUUAGAUUUUGGAACCACUGCAGAGUUCCUUAAACUCAAAUAGAGUACUUCCAGUGUCUGAGGGUUGGUUCAUGUUCAAACUGUUGAAUUGUUGAGAUGUGGAGGAUUCAGAUAUUUCCUUGUUUUAGUAUUUUCUGACAUUUUAUACUCAAAAUGAUUGACAGAGAAAAUAAUCAGCCUGAAAUAAUCAUUAACUGAAGUCCUGUAAUCCAUAUUUUCAUCACUUUUGUGUCUUUUUGCAGUUACUUUGUGUACUUUUACAGGUGAAAUAUUUAAACAUCAACAACAAACAGAAAAUGUACAUCUGUAUCAGCUUGACACAUGAAAUCCCUAAAUUCACAUUUUAUUCUUUGCAUUUUAUUGUAAAUAUUUCUGUUUUCACAUUUUAUUUCCUCAGAAACUAUUUUGCAACUUAAGAGUUGAAUGAAAACGUAACGGUAAAUGACUUUUAAUGUCCUUCUGAAUCUGCUGUUUGCUUUCCUUUCAUUUGAAUUCAUGUUUCUUCAAUCUCAUGUUCGUGAUGCGUUUAUGGAACCAGCUGAGGUGAUGGAAAAAUCAGUUUUUUUUUCAAAUGUGCAUUUCAUUUCUCUUUGACAGGGAUAUAUGGACAUAAUUUGUAUUUGAUUGUGGAUGUUCUGGUGGAAAAUAAUGAUGUUUUAUUGCAGUCAUUUAAUAAUCUGACUUGGUGGUUUUUAAAAAAUUUUGUUGGUGUGUUUUGUUUUGUUUCUAAACUGUCGACAAACUUGUGAUUCAGCUUCAUGUUAAUCUGCAAAUAAACAACAAUAAAUGCACAGAGCCUGGAUUCUGGAUCAUUAAACUGAUCAAAUGUA